AUGGGUUGUGCGCAAUCAAAAGUGGACAAUGAAGAGUCAGUUUCGAGAUGUAAAGAUAUGAGAAAUUUAAUGAAAGAGGCUGUUUCUGUGAGGAAUGCUUUUGCCUCAGCUUAUUCUGGGUACACAAUGUCCCUCAAGAACACUGGCGCCGCCUUGAGCGAUUAUGCCGUAGGCGAGGUGCCUCCUGCGGCUGUGUUAAACGCUGACCCGUCUGGAUCGGAGCAGGCACCGCCACCAGCUCCGCAACCUCCGCUGCCUCCCAUGGUGGAUCCAAACUUUCCUCUCCCACCGCCACCCUUACCAAUUUUUUCCCCAACUCCGCCCAUUAAGCGGGCCGUUACCAUGCCAGCGGGGUUGUCAAAAACAGAGAAAUUGAAGGUUAUCGGCGUUGAUGAGAGUAAUGUUUAUGGUGAAGAAGAGGAGGGGGAGGAGGAGGAGGAGGAAAGAGGAGGGGGAGGAGGAGGAGGGAAAUUUUCUUAA